AUGGAGUGCAGUAAUUUCAUGAAAGGUGUUGGGACAAAGCUGGCUAGCCACGGUUUUGCUGUUUUCGGCAUUGAUUACGAAGGCCACGGACGGUCCAUGGGCGCUCGUUGUUACAUCAAGAGAUUUGACAACAUUGUCCAGGACUGUAGUUCACAUUUCAAGUCCAUUUGUGCACAGGAAGAGUACAAGGGAAAGAGAAGGUUCUUAUAUGGGGAGUCAAUGGGUGGAGCAGUGGCUCUGUUAACACACAAGAAAGACCCUACUUUCUGGCAUGGCGCUCUUUUAGUCGCCCCCAUGUGUAAGAUCAACGAGAAGGUGAAGCCACACCCUAUAGUUAUUAGCGUUCUAACAACUGUGGAAGAUGUGAUCCCAAAAUGGAAGAUAGUUCCUGCAAAAGAUGUCAUUGAUUCGGCUUUCAAGGACCCUAUUAAACGUGAAGAGGUUCGUGGCAACAAAUUGAUAUAUCAGCAGAAGCCCAGAUUGAAAACCGCGCUAGAGAUGCUCAGAACUAGCAUGAAACUUGAGGAGAGUUUGAAUGAGAUUACUCUGCCAUUCUUCGUGCUGCACGGUGAGGCGGAUAUAGUGACGGACCCAGAAGUUAGCCGGGCCCUCUACAAACGAGCCGGCAGCUCGGACAAGAAAAUCAAAUUGUAUCCCGGGAUGUGGCACGCCCUGACAGCUGGUGAGCCGGACGAGAACAUCGAUGCCGUUUUUCGGGACAUCAUAGAGUGGCUUGACGAACGAGCCGGAGAUGGUGGGCCCCACGCCGUGAAUCUGGCUGGCCAGGUGAGCCCUCCGGUGGAUGAUCCGAUGGUGAAGACAAUGAAACCUGUUAAGAGACCUUUGAACGUGAGGUUAUGUGGCUUGAGGAAUGGUCGUAGAACAGCUACAUAA